AUGGUUCCCUCAGAUGAAAACAUCACGAUCCCUGUGUCAGAAAGCUGUCCCAACGGCAGCUCCUCCUCCUCCUCCGCUGAGGUGGAUAUCACUAAGGCGGUGACCCUGGGCCUGGUGCUGGGGGUGUUUGUCAUCUUCGGGGUUCUCGGUAACAUCCUGGUCAUCCUGUCUGUGGUGUGCCACCACCACCUACGCUCCGUCACACACUACUUCAUCGCCAACCUUGCGGCGGCAGACCUGCUCCUGAGCUCCACCGUGCUGCCGUUCUCUGCCACCUCGGAGGUCCUGGGCCGCUGGGUGUUUGGCCGGCCUUUCUGCAGUGCUUGGGCCGCCCUGGAUGUUCUCUGCUGCACUGCCUCUAUCCUCAGCCUGUGUGUCAUCUCUGUUGACCGCUACCUAGCCGUCAGCUACCCACUGCACUACCCUGCCAUGGCCACUGGGCGGCACGGCCUGGUCGCAGUGGCAGCUCUCUGGGGCCUCUCGGCAGCCAUAUCCGUAGGUCCACUCUUCGGCUGGAAGGAGCCCGACCCAGAGGACGAGACUGAGUGCCGGAUCACAGAGGAACCGGGUUAUGCUAUUUUCUCUGCCCUGGGGUCGUUCUAUGUGCCACUGGCUGUCAUCCUGGCCAUGUACUGCAGGGUGUAUGUGGUGGCCAAGCGGAAGACUCGGGACCUGAGGGAGGGCAGGAAGAGGGAGGGGGGGAUGGACACGGAGGGAGAGGGAGUGACACUGAGGAUCCAUCGGGGAAAUGCCCCUGCUAAGCCAGAGGGGCAGGAGGAGGAGGGAGAGAAGGGCAUCAUGAGGCGGAGACGCACUACGUUCGCCCUCAUGCGCUUGCUGAAGUUCUCCCGGGAGAAGAAGGCAGCCAAGACUCUUGGCAUUGUGGUUGGCUGCUUCAUUCUCUGCUGGCUGCCCUUCUUCCUGGUUAUGCCCAUCGGUGGGUAUCCCACAAUGCCUUUCCUUGCUCUCCCUAUAUGCUACUGCAUGCCUUUGUUUUGAAUUGCAUGGAAAUGAAAAAGAGAAUGCGAUAUGAAAAUGAAAGCAGACUCAUAGACGUUUAAUAUGACAAAACUUAAGUCUAAACAACUGUUAAAUAAAAAUAUCAUAGGGAGUAACAUAGGGCUGGGAAUUGCCAAGGACCUCACGAUACGAUACUUUCACGAUACUAAGGUGCCGAUACGAUGUAUUGCGAUUCGAUACUACGAUUUUAAACAAUUCGAUGGUCCGAACAUAUUGCUCACCAUGGCUGCUGCAGAGGGACAAGAGAGAGUCAUGAGAAAACAACAAGUUUUGAUCAGUCAUGGACAUGUUGGCUUCCCAUUUAAAAAUAAUAUGGAUAAGAAGCUAGAGAAGAAGAAAUACCAGAGAUUUGAAACUGAUAUGUAAUGGAAAAUCAAGUCUGAAAUUUCAAAGUGAAAAUUACAAACUUCAGAAGCCUUUUUAAACUUCAAAUACACUACAAGUUUUAAGUGUCCUGCAUUGCAGGACAGUUCUCCUGCAACAGGGAGAUCAAAUUAUGAUCCUGCAUCUGUACAGCCGACUAGUGAUAGCUAGCGUUAACUACCUACAUCUUAUUUUUUUUGUAGAUACUUGGAGUCAUAGAAUCAAUAUAAUAUCGUAAAAAAUAAUCUUGUGAUACUCUACUGUAUAGAUUUUUCCCCCCAUCACUAGAAUAACAUCACUGAAUUAAUUUGCAUUUUUCUCAAGAAAAUAAUCUCUUAAACUGAUUUCCCAUAGCAGCAUAUAAAGCCCCCCUUACUGGAUAGAGAGUGAUUGCCAAUGCCUGACUCACAAUGUGUCAUUUUCUUGUCAGGGAAGCUUCCCUUCCAAAUCUCUGAAAAAUCAACCCCACCACUCUCAAUGGAAAAGCACAAAAUGGAAUGGAUAUGAAUGUUUUGGAGACUGAAAGAGUGGGAAUAAGCCACAGGACCUAUUUUCUGCAUAUUUCCUGUUACAGUGCACCAAAAACAAUGUUAGGAGCCGUAAACAAAUGCAACCCUCUAUUCUAGAAAUUCAGCUACAAAAUCACUGCUGUUAGCAUGGCUAUGGGAUGAGUCACUUAUAACAAUAGUUCAGUGAUUUGAAAGAUAAGAGGAGCUAUACACUGAGUGAACAAAACAUUAAGAACUCUUUCCAUGAUGUAGACUGACCAGGUGAAUCCAGGUGAAAGCUAUGAUCCCUUAUUGAUGUCACUUGUUAAAUCCACUUCAAUCAGUGUAGAUGGGCAGGAGGAUUUUGAAGCCUUCAGACAAUUGAGACAUGGAUUGUGUUUGUGUGCCAUUCAGAGGGUGAAUGGGCAAGACAAAAUAUUUAAGUGCCUUUGAACGGGGUAUGGUAGUAGGUGCCAGAUGCACGGUUUGUGUCAAGAACUGCAAUGAUGCUGGGUUUUUCACGCUCAACAGUUUCCACAGAAAGGUCCACCACCCAAAGGACAUCCAGCCAACUUGACACAACUGUGGGAAGCAUUGGAGUCAACAUGGGCCAGCAUCCCUGUGGAACGCUUUCAACACCUUGUAGAGUCCAUGCCCUGACGAAUUGAGGCUGUUCUGAGGGCAACAAAAGAAAGUGUUUUGUACACAUGAUGAUAGAUGUACAGUCAAACCCAACGUUGCCUCAAAGCUGUCAUCAUUUACAUUUUAGUCAUUUAGCAGACGCUCUUACCCAGAGCGACUUACAGUUAGUGAAUACAUAUUUUUUUUAUACUGGCCCCCCAUGGGAAUCGAACCCACAACCCUGGCGUUGCAAACGCCAUGCUCUAUCAACUGAGCUACAUCCCUGCCGGCCAUUCCCUCCCCUACCCUGGGCCAAUUGUGCGCCGCCCAUGAAUCUCCCGGUCGCGACAGAGCCUGGAUUCGAACCAGGAUCUAGUGGCACAGUUAGCACUGCGAUGCAGUGCCUUAGACCACUGCGCCACUCAGGAGUUACAUCAACAUCGUUAAUACCACCACAAGCCUGUGAGAAUGUGAUUAAUGAAAUACCGUAUAAUGGCUACACAGACUUUAAUAUCCUUGAUUAAGGAUCCGACAGAUCUGUAAUUCAAGAUGAUAUGGAGAUUGGGGUUGAACUCAUUUACUGUAAAUUAACAGAUUAUCAAAAGGCCUGCUGAUGGCCUGGUUCUGAAUAUAGCUCCUUUGGUCUUGGGAAGUGUAGCUGAAUCCAUUCAGAUACUGUGCACCUCUAAUCCUACUUUAGAAUUCAAUUUCUUGAUGGAAAUUCUAUUAUUAUUGAUUUAUUUGUGUUUUAUUGUAUACAUAACAACAGAGUCUACGACCCUGGUCACCCCUCUUGAACGCUCCAUAUACUUGUGUGUUUUCUUUAGUGGUACAUCAGGAAUUCAAUUACUGCCAUGGAGAAGCAGAGCAAAUGAAAUACCAGUGCUGAACCGAAUAGGGUUAUACUUCAGGGAAGAAAUGAAAUGAACAAAAACACUAUUCAUUAUUUUAUUCCAAAGCCAUUGUAAACAACAACCAUAAAAGGCAUGAUGUUGUGCGCAGUAAGCCAGCGCCCAACAAUCACCCUUCAUCUUUCCAAGGCAGCAAAGUAUUACAUGAGUCAUGCAUUUCAAUAUAAACAGACCUUCAGACCUGGGAGCACAUUAUUCAAUGUCAAAGCUAAUGCCCCUGAGACUCUCAGACUAUAGGAAUGAAAGAGUUGAAUGUUUUAGACCUUUAGUGACAAAGCUCUUCAGAUAGAGAGAUGAAAGCUGUCAUCAAGGCAAAGGGUGGCUAUUUGAAGAAUCUCAAAUAUCAAAUAUAUUUUGAUUUGUUUAACACUUCUUUGGUUACUACAUGAUUCCAUAUGUGUGAUUUCAUAGAUUUGAUGUCUUCACUAUUAUUCUACAAUGUAAAAAAUUGUCAAAAUAAAGAAAAACCCUGAGUUUGAGUAGGUGAGUAGGUGAGUCCAAACUUUUGACUGGUAGUGUAUGUUGGCCUUACAUACGUCUUAUCAGAUAACCUAGAAUGUGUAAGUACACAGUGAACACCAGUAUGUCUGGAAUUGAAACUAUGGUGAAAUGGUGGGGGUUAAUGUGUGAGCUACCUAUGCUCAUCCUAUUGCUGUUAUUCAAUACAGAUAAGGGUCAAUAGGACAUGCAAAUGAUUCAUGAUUCAUAUAGACAUUGUAAACUACUGUACUUGCUUUAGUGACAGAUCUGUCUUUGUGUUUGUGUGUGUGUUCUUUCCACAGGCUCCAUAUUCCCAUCAUACAGGCCAUCUGACACCAUCUUUAAGAUCACCUUCUGGCUGGGCUACCUCAACAGCUGUAUCAACCCCAUCAUCUAUCCCUGCUUCAGCCAGGAGUUCAAAAGGGCCUUCCUCAAUGUUCUGCAUGGACAUUGCCUCAGACAAGGGGGAAGGAGCUCCAAGUCUCUGGGGUUUGCUCCUUCCUAUUGUCCCAGUCCUGGUCCAUCGUCUCUUAUUAGAUCCCAGGCUCCCCACUCCUCCUCCAGCUCCUCCACACCCUCCACCCAGCCACGCCAAGUCCCCUCCCCAGCCUCUCAUGCCUCCUCCUCUGGCUGCUGGAGGACCUUCUCUUGCUCCUCUUCCUCGGUGGGGGUGCCAGGCCAUACCCAAAGUGCCCGGGUCCACAGUAAAAGCCUGCUGAAGGCGUGGUGUUUUGCAGCAGGGGAGAACCCAUCCCAACAGGGUGCUGCUUGCCUGAGCCCCUCAGCCCCUGGUGCUACA